CCUAAAGCAAUAAAUUGUUUCCGGUGGCCGGAGGAAUGGAAAAGGUCUCCGUGACUCGACAGAAUUCCGAUGAAUUCGACAAAUUCCUAGACGGAGCGGCGAGUUUUGCUGAUAUGAUGUUUGGGUUCAUGGACGAAAGCAAAGAUUUAAACGAAAAAAAAUCGGGAGACUUCGUCGGCGGCGGCGACGAUGAGGAUGAUACACAGGUUGAACAGAGGAUAAUUUUCUGGGAAAACCAAGAACGGCUUCUUCAGGCAACGUUGUUUCGAACUACUUCUCUAGAAUUGAAAAUUCGACGAGCUACGAAAGAAGCAUUGAGUGAACUGAAUACGGUGGGAGUGCAAUGUGCUUGUCGGAGACCGGUGGCCGGACAAUGCCGGAGAUGUUUACAAAGGGAACUCUCGGUUCGUCUCCAAACCGCAGGUUUCAAUUGUUACACAUGCAAGUCCAAGUGGAGGAGCUCCCCUGAAAUUCCCUCCGGGGAGUACACGUAUUUAGAAGUACUCGACAAAUCGAAUCCCAAAAGAGGUAACGUAACGGUGGUGAUCGAGUUGAAUUUUCGAGCCGAAUUCGAAAUGGCGAGGGCCAACGAAGAUUACAACAAGUUAACCGCUCUGCUACCGGAACUGUUCGUCGGCAAAACGGAGAGGCUGAGAGCAUUGAUCAAAAUACUAUGCGUGGCAGCCAAAAAAUGCAUGAAAGAGAAGAAGAUGCACUUGGCUCCAUGGAGGAGGCACAGGUACAUGCAAGCCAAGUGGCUUGGAACGUACGAGAGUACAACGCCAGCACCGUUGCAGUUGGGGUAUUCCGACCGGCCACAGAAGCCCAAGGCUUCGAUGUUAACCUUUGAUCUGCGGGAGAAUUUGCCUGCCAUGCAUUACACUGCUGUCGAAGUUGUGCGGUGAAUGGAAACGAGAACCAUAAUUUUGUU